AGGAUCAUGGUCCCAUUAGAAAUAGAAUUAGUAGUCCCGUCGCCCUAAAGAAAGUGGCAUUGAUGCGCUGAUGUACUAACUCCCAAGGAGCGACGUGCGCAUACUCAUGUUCGUGCCGUAGUAGAUGACGUAGAAAACUUUGAUAUUCGUUGUUCACAGUUCUUAUCGCGAAGAACGUAGACCCAAGCACCAAAAUAAAUAAAAAAGUUUCUCGUGGAUGCUCUCUGAAUGAAUGAAUGAAUGAAUCGAAUUGCUCGUUCCAAAAAAAUGUCAGCCGUUGUAGUAUCAUUCCCAUUCCCCUUUAUCCGAUCCUUCCUGAUCGCCCUCAUCGUUGUCCUUCAGGGUGAUCAUCUGCUUGGUAUUCUUGCAGAUAGCAGCACGCAAAAGCAUGGACCAAGCACGACACCAGAAGGUAACAUCAAUGCGGAAGAAGGUCGAUGGGUGUACAAUUUUGCCGAGAUCCGUUCCCGGUGCAAAGAUCAGGCGGAGUGUCCGUUGAAUGAGGUGCAGCGCCUGUUCGACAAGGAGAAGUCUCGAGCGGCGCAAGCGAAUGACGGCCGCAAGCAGCAAAAGGAGGACCGAUAUUUCGACGACGACAUCGGCGACGCAAGAAUAGCUUUGGAUACUGUAGUACGCGAGUUGCAGGAAAUUUUCGGACCUUCGAAAUCGAAAACAGCAGAGCUUGACCUACAAGAAGUGCGAGUACCAGGAAGGCAGGCGAAUGUGAAGAAUCCUUUGCAGCGAUCACUAGUGCGUAAACUGUUCACUCCCCAGGACAUUCGCUUGGUGCAGUGGAAGGCUGAGAACAUUCGCGGCGUGCCCAGUUUGUUCAAUGUCACUGAAGAAGGAACUUCUGCAGCAUCCGGACCCUGGGCUCUGAAGUUCACUAUGAAAAUUCCGGAGCCGGGCUACGGACUCGAAGAUGAGAAAAGUACAACCAGUAGCAGAACAGAUGAAGAAGUUUCCACACCGGCUAGUACAUCCUCAACUUCAUCUGCAGGAAGUCCACCAGCAACAGUUUCUUCGACCAGAUGGCGUCCUGUGAGCUACCGGUCUGACUACAGUAAACAGACCCGCGUGGACGGUAAGGGCCGGCCUUUGAUCACUGAAUGGUGGAAAGAGAAGGUUAUGCAUUACUACGCCGGUUUAGCGUGGAACGUGGAGGUCCGAGUAAAUCGAAAUUACCCAUUUUCGGCACCACGCGUGGUCAUCCAAAACAACAUAGAGCAUGCGUUUCUAGGAGGCGGCGGCCGCGAGGAACGAAACGCCCAUGUUCUUCCUAAGGUACUUUUUACUCCAAGGGCCGGCUUCGUUGCGAAAGGUGUAGAAGCGAGUAUCGAACCGCGAGAGAGUGCGUCAACUUUAGUACAAUUUGUCACAGACGACAAGUUUACAACUUCCAAGAAGAAGAGUACUGCUAGGAGCAAGAAGUCGAAAAGCAAGUCAACAAGUAAAGGUGCAAAUUCUAAGAACAGGAUCAAGAAGAAACCGUUACGAUCGCGAAAAAUGACACUUGUUGAUGCAUUCCAGAGAGCAUCGACCUCUAGCUCCACAGGCGUCGCAGAGAAGCCGAUGAGGAAAGUAUCCCAACGUUAUUUCCUUGCUGACGCAUUAGAAAAAACAUUGUGCUUUUUCACCUACAUCGAUGGCGAGCUUCUUUCCUUGCCGUUUAUGACUGCUGAGCGUGCUGAUUCCUUACGUGGUCGUGUAAAGGAGCAUGUGACACAGAACUGGUUCGAAAAACGGAUCAAUCUUCAUACCUACCCAAGUGUUUACUCGCGUAACAAAGACUUCUUCGGCUUUUCUCAUGCGGAUGGAACCGACUACGUGCUACAGGAAUCACAACGACUGCUCGCUGAAACUUCUACACUGGGGGUCGAAUCAACCUUACCAACGUCCUCGCUCUCGACGGCGUCUGCUUCAGGUGCAGCCCCGUCAAGAUCCUUAACAAUAUCUGCUUCUGGUGCUGCGUCAUCUUCUGGAGGGAGUACUUCAAAACUUGCUCUUUUAACACAACCGCCGCAAACACAGCUGUUUCCGAAAAAGUACUUGCAUCCCAAAUUUCUGGAGUUCCAGGAUGCCCUCUACAAGCUCUCGCCCUCCGAUGUUGCUGGUCGUAAGCAGUUGAUCAACGAAAAGUUUCUCGAGCAGGCUCCUGACUGUCAGAACGUGUACGCUUUCCCGCUAUUCACGGAUGAGUUUUGCGAUCUGCUUGUGCAUGAGGUUCGAGGCGUGCAUGCGAGUCAGCUGAAAGUGCAGCGACCGAACAGCAUGAACAAUUAUGGGGUCAUUUUGAACGAUGUCGGGUUGGAACCUCUGAUGGACAGCAUUCAGGAGCUUUUGAGACCCCUGGGAGAGGCGAGAUUUGGAGCAGCCGGCAGCAACUGGGACGGCCACCACAGUUUCAUCGUACAGUAUAGUCCGGCGAAAGACACCCACCUGGACAUGCACACUGAUGACAGCGAUGUGACGAUUAUUAUGAUUCUCACGUACAAAUACAAUUACAAGAUGUUCCUUCCUGGUAGCGCUGCCGUGGUUGUCGGUACAUUAUCGACGACGUCAGAUUUGGAAUACAACAUAGCACACAUCAAAGAAACUCUUACUCAACAUCAUGAUGAUGCUGUACGUUGUGUACUAACUAGGACAAUCUUCGUUGUAGUUUGAUGAAGCCGGGUAUCGAUAAUACUGGUUUGUCUUUGCUGACUCAUCUCUAAUGUCCACAUCUCCCUUGGCAUUGGUGAGUUUGCCGGAAGCGAAGUACGAUUUUGCGGUAAGAUGGGUGAGGCUGACCACCGAAAAAACAAGUGCGUUUGGCGGAAUCGCAAGGGCAUCGCCAUCAUGCACCUCGGGCGCCACCGUCACGGCGCUAUGGACAUUCUUGAGGGAGAACGCAUGAACUUGAUCAUCUGGAACCGCGGAAGCUCUACGUAUAGGGAGAGCUUCGAGUACGAUUUCAACAUUCACAAACGUGAGAGCGGCCCCCCAGACAAAGUGUGCGUGAGCUACACACACGAUCGCGAUUUUGGGCGCUUCCGCAAAUAUCCACUAGGACAAGAGCACAUGCGAAGGCGAAAAAAGUGGUGCCCCAAACCGAUGGCUGAAUAUGAGGGAUUCAAGCCAGAAAGCUAGGGCGCCCUCGAUGUUGAAGUCGCUGCUCCGCGUACGUGUGUACUUACUAUGCAAAUCUUCAUGAUGACGCGGACAUUGCACUCAAGAUUAUCUUCAGCUAUUGAUGUUGUCUCGUCCGGGUUUGCUCGCAGUGACGUUCUCCUGCAAAAGUUUUUCUUCUACGACAGAUGAACAAGCAGAAACCGUUGUUGUAGUAUAUAAAUCUGGCUAGAAUUUAUUAUAAAAAUGUUUGAAGAACUAGAACAACAUGAACAUGGACAAAUUGUAGGCAAGGAAAGCGAUUCCUUUCAAACAACAGUGAAAAACUGUUGUAAAAGAAGAACAUCAAGGUGCAGGAUUCUACUAGGUCGUUGUGUGUCAUCUGAUUCUGACAGAUGCUGCCCACGGUUUACGAGAGAGAUCUAUAAUAGGAAUUCGACAGCAGCUAAGUAAUGACAAAAUGAGUGUUAGUUUCUACUUGCAUGGAGCGCCCGUCCGACAACACCCCCUCGCGCUAGGAUUCCCCUCCUCCCAAAGUAGCCCGCGAAGCGCUGAGUUUGCCUGAGAUUCAAUCUCUUGGAUUUCAAUUGCUCAAAUCCAAAAAUUUCCGACUUUGGCGAGCUUUUCUGAAAUUCACGCUCUUGGCUUUGAACUUCUCAAAUCUAAAAACUUUCGACUUUGGCGAGUUUUUCUGAGAUUCAAUGGCUUGGGUUUGAAUUCCCAAACUCCGAAAGUUUCGGCGUUUAGCAAGUUACUCUGAGACUCAACUUCUUGGAUUUAAUUCGUAAGCUCAAUUUCUUGGGUUUGAAUUAUUGAAAUCCCAAGACUUUUGAUUUUAGCAAGUUUUUCUGAGAUUCAAUCUCUUGGAUUUGAUUCGCAAGCCCAUAAGUUCUCAAAUUCCUA